AUGGCGGCUCCCUUCGGCGUGUUUCCGCUGCCGACGCCUUCUGCUGAUGAAGGCGCCGGAACAGAAAGACAAAUAGAGGAACAGCCGUCUGUCCCUGGGACGUUGCAGCCUGCAGAUGGCGCCGGUGGUGGUGGAUCAGAGGAGCCACCGCAUGUCCUGGACGUGGCACGCUUCCGCCGGCUGAACUGGCUCAUCCACCGUGAGAACGUGGACGUGAACGAACUUCUGCGUCUAGUGGAGCAGGAUAACCAUGUGAACCUCAUGAACGACCCCUUGCUCAGCGUCGUCAUCGCCUGCAAGAAGCCCAAACUCGCCGUCCUCCUCAUCGCCAAAAUAUCAGAUUCCACGCUCAAGGCCGACAACUACAACGGCGACACGGCGCUUCACGUAGCUGCAGCCAUGGACGACAAAGAAGUGGCCUUGGAGCUGAUCCGCAGGGUGCCAAAUCUCGUUCAUGUGCGGAACGUGAAGCAGGAGAUACCGCUACAUAAGGCGGCAAUGUACGGGCUGCAGGACAUGUUCUGGCUACUGGUGGAAAAGAGCAGCUCACCGGAAGCCCGGAGGGAGGACGGCGCCACCAUGCUGCACUGUGCCAUCAUGGGCAAUGCGCCGGUACUUGCCUUGCAGAUUGCACAGUAUUAUCCAUCUCAGAUCGAAUCCCGGAAUGAGCACGCCCUCACUCCGCUGCAGCUGUUGGUGACUAUUCCAGAGGCGUUCCGAAGCCAAGUAGUUCUUGGGGUCCUCGACUCCUUCAUUUACGACUGGAUCCCUUUGGAAGAGGACUCGAGUAAAAUGAAGGAAACCGAUGAAGAGGUGGCACCCAACAUAUCUCGCAUUGGAGUAGCACAAGACGAUGACGGUGACCACUCGCCUAAGACUUUUCGCUCAAAAUUCCCAUCAAACUACAGCACGCUCUUUGACCUGCUGGAGUUGACCAGCAUCCCAGCUGGCUGGAUUCAGCGAUUUGCUUAUAACAUUAUAUGGCAAUUCUCCCCGAGAGUCCAACGUUUGGAGAGGAAGAAGAAGAACCAUACAGAAACUAUGCACCUCAUCGAAUACUUAGCCCAAGCAGGAUACUUUGACUUCUUUGUGCGUGGAAAAGACCCCACCCAAGGUAGUAUACUUGGUCCACUAGACUCUCCACCGGAGACUGGAAAAGAAGGUGAUGCCCAAAAACCGGACACGGAACCCACAACUGCAGUGAAAGAGCUCAUCAAGAGGAUGACAGAUAAGCUCUACAAGUUAGUGUCGGAGGAACCGGAAACACCUGUCUCGACUGCAAUCAAAGAGGCAGCUCAGAGUGUGGAGAAAGUGUUAAAGGCACUGUCACCUAGCUCGGAAGAUAGAUGGAACGAACCACCCUUGAUCUUAGGCGCACAAAUGGGCCUUCAUGAUUUCGUCGGCAAGAUCCUGCAAGUGUGCCCGCAGUCAGCAACCUACCUGGACACGAAGGGCAGAAAUGUUCUCCGAGUGGCGAUAGAAUCUGGGAACCGAGAGACUGUAGAAACUAUCCGUAGGAUGACCCAGGGAGACAACCCCAUUUUACCAUCCUGGUUGUUGUCCAGCAUCGACUCUAAAACCAGAAACACCAUCCUGCAUUUUGCUUCUGAGAAGGUCGGUGAUACCGGAGACGAUGCAGUCCAAAUGCAAGACGAGAUACGAUGGUUUGAGAUGGUGAAAGAGAUGGUGCCUAGGGAGCUCGUGUACAGUCGAAACACGGACGAGAAGACAGCACGGGAGAUAUUUACCGAGAGCCACAAAGAGAUGUUUAAGAACUGCAAGAGUCAGCUAAUGGAGAUGGGCAAGACAUGUUCAGGCCUCGUAGCGGCGGUGGUCUUCGCGUCCAGCUUCUCCAUACCGGGCGAGAAGGAUUCCGGAACCGGCAAUCCUAUGUACUUCAACAGGCUAGCCUUUAAAGUGUUCACGCAUGCGUACGUGAUCGGGUUGUCGUGCGCCGCCACGUCUCUGGUGUUGUUCUUGUCCCUCAUCAUCUCGCCUUACAAGGAGCAGCAGUUCCGCCGUGCCAUCCCCACCAAGUACUUCUUCGCUUGCUUCUCGUUUGGGCUGGCGCUGAUGGCUUUGUUGGUGGCCUUCACUUGCAACAUCUUCCUACAGAUAUAUGGGGGGCAGACAACACAGGCGAAGGACAUCCUUCAACUUGUACUGGAGCUGGCCGUCUUCCCCACUGUCUGCUUUAUUGUGCUCCUCUACCGUGGUGCCAAUUUUGGUCCAUCUUUUUUCCGUCGUGUUCGGAGUUGAUUCAGUAAGCAUUAAUGUCGGGCAUACUUCCUCGGCUUCGUGGACUGUGCCAGUUGAACUUUUGCGUGUG